AUGUUGGAGAUUCCGGCUGAGCUAUCGGCCAGACUACGCAGCGCAGCAGGUGAGUGGGAGCAGCGCUGGGAAUGGACGAGAUCGGUUGAGGAGGGCUGGGAUUGGCUAAAACAUUUAUGUAGAACAAAAUGCUUUUAUCUGACUCCUCCUUCUAUGUGAACACAACAGGUAAAUGGUAGGUUGUUGCUGGACUGGACCCAUGGCUGCCAUUGUUAUCUGUUGCCUUUUCUCUGUGUGUGAUUAUAGUUCUGUGUCCCUCCACCAGGGCGGCAGCAUGUAUCAGGGGUGACAGAGGUGGCGCCUCCACAGGUGAAGGCAGAAAACACCCUCAUCCUGCCCCUCGAUAUCGACAGCUACCCCUUCUCACGAUACGCCAACACUACACUGAAGGAUGGCUGGUGUCAGCCACAGGGAUACUCCCUCCAGCGACCUCUGACUGCUCUGGAGCCUGAGGACGCUCAAACCGCUCUGGAGAUCUACAAACUGGUCCGUGCUGGACGCGCACGCACACACACACACACACACACACACACACACACACACACACACACACAUAUAGAGACAAGAACACAGAUGUGUACAGUAUGGCGCUGGUGUUAUCCCCUUAACUCGAUGUCACCUCCCUAUAUCCCCAUCAUUCCGUCCCCAGAUCCUGCGCUUUGUAGGGGACAGUGAUCUGAGUGGCUGGCAGGAGCACCUGUUGGGGAACUACAUCGUGGAGCAGGGCCAGACCAGACCCGCCCUGAGGGAUGAGAUCCUAGCCCAGAUAGCCCACACCACCUGGGGAAGGGAGUCAGAGGAGGGGGCCCUGCGGGGCUGGUUGUUACUGGCCUACUGCCUAAGUGCCUUCACCCCCUCCCCAGCCCUGGACAAACCCCUGCUCAAGUAAGUAGCCCAGUGAGCAAAAUCAUUUGUAAAGAUGUCUUUUGAUUGAAAAUGUGUUUUGUGUAGUGCUAGAAAAAGAAAAGGUACUUUUUAGCAACCAUAAAAAUAUGUAAUCUCUUUGUCAACCAUUAUGUUAUUGUAAGUCUGUGUUUCUCUGUCUCACCUGUGAACAGGUAUGUGUCUGACGAGGGUCCAGGUGAAUAUCGUUCUCUGUGCCAGCACAAACUCCUCACCUCCCUCAAGCUACCCUCCCCCGCCUCUCGCCUCCACCCCCCCUCCCAGCUGGAGUGGACAAUCAAUCAGAGGAGAGGAAAUAUGGUACUGGACGUUCACACCUUCAACGGUGAGAGCAAGAGAGAGAGAGGGGUUAUAACAUGUGUAUGUAAUGUCUAUAUCAUAUCUAUGUCGCUUUGUCUUUUUUUGUGUUGUGGUUCCAUUUGCUCAGUGUGAUUCUGAUGCCUCACUUAGCUGGAGUGUUGGUGUUUGCAGCACCACUACAUUCCCCCUCUCUCUCUCUCCGUCUCUUCCAGAGGAGAAGAUGACAGCUGAGGUAGAGUCCUGGACCACAGGGGAGCAGCUAGCCUCGUGGCUGCUCCACUUCAGAGGGUUAUCUGAGGCUCGGGGAUGGUCUGUGUCUCUGCUAGCUGAUGACGGCUGGUCUGAUCUGGCUGGAUGUGACUUUGUCUUGGACCUGUUGGCUGGAGCAGAGACUGAUGCUACUCUGGGGACCGCACACCCACACCCUGACUACCUGUUCAACAACGAGGGAGAUGGGUGAGGCUGGGGGGUGCACACUCAGAGGCACACACACACACACACAGGGACCCCAACUUCACUCACUCUCUCUCUCUCUCUCUCUCUCUCUCUCUCUCUCUCUCUCUCUCUCUCUCUCUCUCUCGCUCUCCUCUCUCUCUCUCUCUCUCUCUCUCUCUCUCUCUCUCUCUCUCUCUCUCUCUCUCUCUCUCUCUCUCUCUCUCUCUCUCCAUUAGGAUGAUCACAACAGAUCUAGAUGGCUUCAUCCCCCCGGCCCCCUCCAUUCGGGCCCCUGGUUCUCCCCCAGCAGGGAGGGGCCCCAUGGGACCGGACAGACUACCAGCCAUCAGAGGGUUCUCGUCAGAUGGAUUGCCUAUCUGGAUGACCUCUUUGACCCAAUGCUGGACCAGGGACCAGGGGUCGGUAUUUUACCUGAGACACUCUUUUCACAACACCGUUCAAUAGGAGGUGUCUGUGACUGUGUUUAACUGUUACUGGUUGAAUUGUGUUUUCUUUUCCUUUCUCUUGGAUGGUUUUACUGUGAUUAUAUUACUGCAUGUGGUGUGUAGAUUAACACAAAACAUUCUACUGUCUGUGUGUGGUGUGUGUGUGUGUGUGUGGUGUGUGUGGGUGUGUGUGUGGUGUGUGUGUUGUGUGGGUGUGUGUGUGUGUGGGGGGGCGUGUUGUGUGGUGUGGGGUGGGUGUACGGGACCGGGAGCGUAUGGCCAUGUUGAAAGCGAGGACGGAGGAGGAGGAGGAGUGGAGCGGGAAAGGGGGGGAGGGGAGAGAGAGAGUAUUGAGAGAGAGGAAGAGGGAAGAGAGGAUUAUGGAGAGGAGAGAGGAGAGAGAGAGAGAGGAGGAGAGAGGAGAGAAGAGUAAGAUAGAGAGAUUCCUAUACAGCGAGAGAGAGAGCGACUGAGAGAGAGCGAGCGAGAGUAGAGACUAGACGAUAUCGAGCGAUGCUAGAGCGCGAGAGGCGGAGAGGAUAGAUCGAAGAUGAAUGAGCUAUAUCGCCUCUCAUAGAGUAGCUCUAUCUCGUCUAUAGAAUAGAUCUCUAUCUCUCUCUCUCUCUCUUCUCUUCCGCUCUCCCUCUCUCUCUCUCUCUCUCUCUACUCUCCUCUCUCUCUCUCUCUCUAUCUCUCUCUCUCUCUCUCUCUCUCUCAUUUCAAUUUUCAAUUUAAGAGCUUUAUGGCAUGGGAAACAUUUGUUUACAUUGCCAAAGGAAGUGAAGUAGAUAGUAAACAAAAGUGAAAUAAACAAUAAAAAAUGAACAGUAAACAUUACAUUCACAAAAGUUCCAAAAGAAUAAAGACAUUUCAAAUUAUGUCUAUAUACAGUGUUGUAAUGAUGUGAAAAUAGUUAAAGUACAGAAGGGAAAAUAAAUAAACAUAAAUAUAGGUUAUAUUUAUAAUGUUGUUUGUUCUUCACUGGUUGCCCUUUUCUUGUGGCAACAGGUCACAAAUCUUGCUGCUGUGAUGGCACAUCGUGGUAUUUCACCCAGUAGAUAAAGGAGUUUAUCAAAAUUGGAUUUGUUUUCUAAUUCUUUGUGGAUCUGUGUAAUCUGAGGGAAAUAUGUCUCUAAUAUGGUCAUACAUUUGGCAGAAUGUUAGGAAGUGCAGCUCAGUUUCCAUCUCAUUUUGUGGGCAGUGUGCAACAUAGCCUGUAUUUCAUGAGAGCCAGGUUCUGCCUACGGCGGCCUUUCUCAAUAGCAAGGCUAUGCUCACUGCGUCUGUACAUAGUCAAAGAUUUCCUUAAUUUGGGGGUCAGUCACAGUGGUCAGGUAUUUGCCGCUGUGUUGUACUCUCUGUUUAGGGCCAAAUAGCAUUCUAGUUUGCUCAGUUUUUUUGUUAAUUCUUUCCAAUGUGUCAAGUAAUUAUAUUUUGUUUUCCUCAUGAUUGGUUGGGUCUAAUUGUGUUGCUGUCCUGGGGCUCUGUGGGGUCUGUUUGUAUUUGUGAACAGAGCCCCAGGACCAGCUGCUUAGGAGACUCUUCUCCAGGUUCAUCUCUCUGUAGGUGAUGGCUUGUUUAGGAAUGUUUGGGAAUCGCUUCCUUUAGCGGUUGGAGAAAUUAAACGGCUCUUUUCUGGAUUUUGAUCAUUAGCGGGUAUCGGCCUAAUUCUGCUCUGCAUGCAUUAUUUGGUGUUUUACGUUGUACACAGAGGAUAUUUUUGCAGAAUUAUGCGUGCAAAGUCUCAAUUUGGUGUUUGUCCCAUUUAGUCAAUUCUUGGUUGGUGAGCGGACCCCAGACCUCACAACCAUAAAGGGCAAUGGGUUCUAUAACUGAUUCAAGUAUUUUUAGCCAGAUCCUUAUUGGUAUGUCAAAUGUUAUGUUCCUUUUGAUGGUGUAGAAGGCCCUUCUUGCCUUGUCUCUCAGAGCUUUGUGGAAGUUACCUGUGGCGCUGAUGUUUAGGCCGAAGUUAUGUAUCAUUUUUUGUGUGCUCUAGGGCAACGGUGUCUAGAUGGAAUUUGUAUUUGUGGUCCUGGCAACUGGACCUUUUUUGGAACACCAUUAUUUUUGUCUUACUGAGAUGGCAAUUUGGGUGUGCACGGUGAAUACGUGGUCUGUCGUAUGGUAAUUUGGAAAAGCUAAUUUGACUCUUGUCUCUCUCUCUCUCUCUCUUUCUCUCUCUCUCAGUUUCUCUCAUUAUUUUAAGUGUAAUGUUAAAUACAAUACCUGUGUUGCAGGUGUUCCAAUGACAAUGCCAGGCUAUUCUAUGGGUGAGUGAGGGGAGUCAUUUAAUUACACAAACAUUCUAAUCUUAUUUCUCUAUCCUGCUUUAUUCUAACUACAAUUCCCAAUUAUUAUUAUUUUGUCUCCCAGGAAUGCCAGUGAACCCUGCCAUGCAAGGCUACAGCGUUCCGAUGAUGCCAAGUAUGAUGCCAAGUAUGAUGCCAAAUAUGAUGCCAGCUGCCCCCAUGCCUAUGAUGCCAACCAUGAUGGCACCCCAGCCAGCUGCACCAGGCCUGGACCCCCAGCAGAUGGCAGUACAGCAGCAGGCUUUCAUCAACCAACAGGCCCUGGUCAUGGUAAGCACUUGGAGACACUGGUGGAAAACUGGGACCCACGUGCCAAGAAAACAAACAAACCAUAAUCCUAUCCUAUACUCGUGUUCUCAUGAAAUAACCAUUUCUGUUCUAACAUGACUACACUUCCUCUCUCCAUCACUCUCUCUCUCUCUCUCUCUCUCUAGGCCCAGCAGAUGACAAUGCAGGCGAUGACUUUGUCCCAGCAGCAGACUCAGGAGAAGCAGAGGCAGCAGCAGCAGGCGGCAGGCUAACCUCCGCACCGUCACCCCCCCCCGCACCCCAUCACCCCCGGCCCCAGACACACCCCCACCCCCCCGCCCUCCUCCGCUAACCACACCCAGCCAGAGGAAACCACAGCUACAGCACUACAUAUCUGAGGUGUGUGUGGCGGGGGAGGGGUGUGACGAUAGUCUGUUUGUGUGCAGUUCUACUUGAUUUUGAAAAUCUUUUAUGUACUUAGCCAUUGCAAAAAUGUGUCAUUUCAUUACAAAAGAAACACAUAAAACAAUAUUAACUUGUAAACAAAGUCAGAUGUAAAGUGUCUCUGUCUUCAUCAGUGUAUUUACAGUUGAAGUCAGAAGUUUACAUUCACUAAGUUAAUUGUGCCUUUAUAUUAAUUAUACAGCUAUAAGCUGGCUUUAGCCCACAUCUUUAAUCCAGGCUUUUUUCCACAAGACCUGUAUGUACAAUUGAAGUCAGAAGUUUACAUUCACUUAGAAAUGUUUCCAACAAUUGUUUAUGGACAGAUUAUUUCACUUAUAAUUCACUGUAUCACAAUUCCAGUGGGUCAGAAGUUUACAUACACUAAGUUGACUGUGCCUUUAAACAGCUUGGAAAAUUCCAGAAAAUGAUGUCAUGACUUUAGAAGCUUCUGAUAGGCUAAUCCACAUCAUUUGAGUCAAUUGGAGGUGUACCUGUGGAUGUAUUUCAAGGCCUACCUUCAAACUCAGUGCCUCUUUGCUUGACAUCAUGGGAAAAUAAAAAGAAAUCAGCCAAGACCUCAGAAAGAAAAUUGUAGACCUCCACAAGUCUGGUUCAUCCUGGGGAGCAAUUUCCAAACGCCUGAAGGUACCACGUUCAUCUGUACAAACAAUAGUACGCAAGUAUAAACACUAUGGGACCACGCAGCCGUCAUACCGCUCAGGAAGGAGACGCGUUCUGUCUCCUAGAGAUGAACGUACUUUGGUGCGAAAAGUGCAAAUCAAUCCCAGAAAAACAGCACACGACCUUGUGAAGAUGCUGGAGGAAACAGGUACAACAGUAUCUAUAUCCACAGUAAAACAAGUCCUAUAUCGACAUAACCUGAAAGGCCGCUCAGCAAGGAAGAAGCCACUGCUCCAAAACCGCCAUAAAAAAGCCAGACUACGGUUUGCAACUGCACAUGGGGACAAAGAUCAUACUUUUUGGAGAAAUGUCCUCUGGUCUGAUGAAACAAAAAUAGAACUGUUUGGCCAUAAUGACCAUCAUUAUGUUUGGAGGAAAAAGGGUGUGCUUGCAAGCUGAAGAACACCAUCCCAACCGUGAAGCACGGGGUGGCAGCAUCAUGCUGUGGGGGUGCUUUGCUGCAGGAGGGACUGGUGCACUUCACAAAAUAGAUGGCAUCAUGAGGAAGAAAAAUUAUGUGGAUAUAUUGAAGCAACAUCUCAAGACAUCAGUCAGGAAGUUAAAGCUUGGUCGCAAAUGGGUCUUCCAAAUGGACAAUGACCCCAAGCAUACUUCCAAAGUUGUGGCAAAAUGGCUUAAGGACAACAAAGUCAAGGAAUUGGAGUGGCCAUCACAAAGCCCUGACCUCAAUCCUAUAGAAAAUGUGUGGGCAAAACUGAAAAGGCGUGUGCAAGCAAGGAGGCCUACAAACCUGACUCAGUUACACCAGCUCUGUCAGGAGGAGUGGGCCACAAUUCACCCAACUUACUGUGGGAAGCUUGUGGAAGGCUACCUGAAACGUUUGACCCAAGUUAAACAAUUUAAAGGCAAUGCUACCAAAUACUAAUUGAGUGUAUGUAAACUUCUGACCCACUGGGAAUGUGAUGAAAGAAGUAAAAGCUGAAAUAAAUCAUUCUCUCUACUAUUAUUCUGACAUUUCACAUUCUUAAAAUAAAGUGGUGAUCCUAACUGACCUAAAACAGGGAAUUUUUACUAGGAUUAAAUAUCAGGAAAAAAAAACUGAGUUUAAACGUAUUUGGCUAAGGUGUAUGUAAACUUCCGACUUCAACUGUAUCUUUCCAGCCAGCGAGAGAUGUGGACUUUGUCAGUCCAGACCAGCUGGAGUCUUUCAAGGAGAAGAGAGAGUUCUUCCAGAAGAAUGGUGAGUAGAGUUGAACACAUCUACCUAUUCAACUUCAGAUAAUCUGUAGUUUUCAUACCACAGGAUAAAAUGAGUACCACAUGUCUUACCUUACACCCAACUGCCUGUGCUGUCAUUCACUCUGUCAGGUUCUCUGCCGAAGCCAGCAGCCAAACCGCCAACGCCUCACGGUACUCCCAGUAGCCCCCCCAAACAGACCCGACCCCGCUCCCCCUCCCCACCCCCAGCACCCAGCACUUCGCAACGUCCCGGAGGGAGCCCCCCCAAACAGACCCUUCCCCGCUCCCCCUCCCCACCCCCAGCACCCAGGACUUGGCAACGUCCCCCGUCUCCUCCUGCCAGAGAACCAGACCGCCCCAGCCCCCCUGCCUCCCCACCCCCUCCCAGCACCAGAAUCCGUGACAUCAUUAAACAGUACCAGAACCGCCCUGUCAACGAUCCCAAACCCUUCCAACCAGUCAGGUCAGUGGGACAGUGGAUCCAUCCCAUAUCUUUUAAGUAAAUCCCAUGUAAUCUGUUGUGUAGAUCCCGCUGCAUGCAUUAGUGGAAAUCUAACUCCCUAUCCCCUCUCCAGGGUUCCAGCACGGUCGUUUGUGAAGAAGAAUGAUCCCAAAGAGGAGGCCCUGGCUAUCCUUAGAAACAACGGACCUGGACAACAGCAGAAGGUUAGUGUGUUGGAACUAACAUAUCCAUUCAGUUAUCUUGCCUAGCCCUAGACAUGUUGGUGAGGAGUGUUGGAGCUAACAUAUCCAUUCAGUUAUCUUGCCUAGACCUAGACAUGUUGGUGAGGAGUGUUGGAGCUAACAUAUCCAUUCAGUUAUCUUGCCUAGCCCUAGACAUGUUGGUGAGGAGUGUUGGAGCUAACAUAUCCAUUCAGUUAUCUUGCCUAGCCCUAGACAUGUUGGUGAGGAGUGUUGGAGCUAACAUAUCCAUUCAGUUAUCUUGGCUAGCCCUAGACAUGUUGGUGAGGAGUGUUGGAGCUAACAUAUCCAUUCAGUUAUCUGGCUAGCCCUAGACAUGUGGGUGAGGAGUGUUUUGGAGCUAACAUAUCAUUCAGUUAUCUUGCUAGCCCUAGACAUGUUGGUGAGGAGUGUUGGAGCUAACAUAUCCAUUCAGUUAUCUUGGCUAGCCCUAACAUGUUGGUGAGAGUGUUGGAGCUAACAUAUCCAUUCAGUUAUCUUGGCUAGCCCUAGACAUGUUGGUGAGGAGUGUUGGAGCUAACAUAUCCAUUCAGUUAUCUUGCCUAGCCCUAGACAUGUUGGUGAGGAGUGUUGGAGCUAACAUAUCCAUUCAGUUAUCUUGGCUAGCCCUAGACAUGUUGGUGAGGAGUGUUGGAGGCUAACAUAUCCAUUCAGUAUCUUGACUAGCCCUAGACAGUUGGUUGAGGAGUGUUGGAGCUAAGAGUACCAUUAUGUUAUCUUGCCUAGCCCUAGACAUGUUGGUGAGGAGUGUUGGAGCUAACAUAUCCAUUCAGUUAUCUUGGCUAGCCCUAGACAUGUUGGUGAGGAGUGUUGGAGCUAACAUAUCCAUUCAGUUAUCUUGCCUAGCCCUAGACAUGUUGGUGAGGAGUGUGAGAGUUCUAACAUCUCCAUUCAGUUAUUGCUAGCCCUAGACAUGUGUGUGGGAGGAGUGUUGGAGCUAACAUAUCCAUUCAGUUAUCUUGCCUAGCCCUAGACAUGUUGGUGAGGAGUGUUGGAGCUAACAUAUCCAUUCAGUUAUCUUGCCUAGCCCUAGACGAGUUGGGAGCAGUGAUUGGAGCUAAACAUAUCCAUGUCGUUAUUUGCCUAGCCCUAGACAUGUUGGUGAGGAGUGUUGGAGCUAACAUAUCCAUUCAGUUAUUUACAUUUACAUUUACAUUUACGUCAUUUAGCAGACGCUCUUAUCCAGAGCGACUUACAAGUUAUCUUGCCUAGCCUAUAGUAAUACUCCCCCUACCCUCCCCUGUCAGAGAGAGUCUCCCCCCGCACGGCAGCUCUCUCCUCCCUCCACUAGAGGGCCUUGCUCCAUUUCCAACAACAUGAAGCAGAAACAGCGCUCCCUUGCCGACCUGUUCUGCACGCAGAGUCGCUCCAAGAACCCUCCGCCUUCUCCCCCCGAGUCCGCCCCUCCUCCUCCCCCAGUCCAACCCAUCUAUGACAGAUUGCUAGACCCUCCCCCCAAGGCUGCCCCCACACUCAGUAAGUAAAGCUACUUCAGCGGUACAGCCAUAGCUUUAAAAUGUUAAUAACUCCACAGAGAAGUAAAGUAACACAUUGUCCAUAGAUCUGCUGUCUGGGGAGGGGAGUGUCCGCUCCCAGCUCUACAGGUUCUCUGCCAGUGUCUAUUUCUCCUACUCGGUCAUGCCUGGCAAACUGUUCCUACGCAAAGAGGUGAGCUGGAACUGCAGGCGAGAAAAAUGGAAUUGUCUGUAUUGUUCUACAAUGUGUUUGCCUUAUACUGUAGGUGAAUCACGAUCAUUCCCCUGUGUUUGUUCAGGUGUUUUACCCCAGAGAGAAGUUCAACCACCCCUACAUCCUCAAUCUCCUCUGUGAGCAGGUCAGUGUUGAUUGUUUCCCUGUGACCCUUUUUAUUCACUACCUUCUACAUAUCACACCUUAUAUAUAUAUAUAUGAAUAUAAAUCCCUGUUUCUGUUUCCCUGUCAGAUCAUGAGAGACACGUACAGUGACACCUGUGUGAGGAUCUCCAAAGAGGAGAGGAGGAAAAUGAAGGACCUACUAGGUGAGUCUAGUUGUUAUUACCAGGUGAGUCUAGUUGUUAUUACCAGGUGAGUUGUUAUUACCAGGUGAGUCUAGUUGUUAUUACCAGGUGAGUCUAGUUGUUAUUACCAGGUGAGUCUAAUUGUUUUUUACCAGGUGAGUCUAGUUGUUUUUACCAGGUGAGUCUAGUUGUUUUUACCAGGUGAGUCUAGUUGUUAUUACCAGGUGAGUCUAGUUGUUAUUACCAGGUGAGUCUAGUUGUUUUUUACCAGGUGAGUCUAGUUGUUAUUACCAGGUGAGUCUAGUUGUUAUUACCAGGUGAGUCUAGUUGUUAUUACCAGGUGAGUCUAGUUGUUUUUACCAGGUGAGUCUAGUUGUUAUUACCAGGUGAGUCUAGUUGUUAUUACCAGGUGAGUCUAGUUGUUUUUUACCAGGUGAGUCUAGUUGUUAUUACCAGGUGAGUCUAGUUGUUUUUUACCAGGUGAGUCUAGUUGUUUUUACCAGGUGAGUCUAGUUGUUUUUUUACCAGGGGAGUCUAGUUGUUUUUUUACCAGGGGAGUCUAGUUGUUUUUUUACCAGGGGAGUCUAGUUGUUUUUUUUACCAGGGGAGUCUAGUUGUUUUUUUACCAGGGGAGUCUAUCCUCUCUAUUCUCUCUCUAUUCUCUCCUUCUCUCUCUCUAUUCCCUCUCCCUCUCCCUCUCUCUCUCUCUCUCUCUCUCUCUCGCUCUCUCUCUCUCUCUCUCUCUCUCUCUCUCUCUCUCUCUCUCUCUCUCUCCGUCCUCUCUCUGUCCUCUGUCUAUUCCAGCCAGUUUCCAUGUGGGUACCAGUGUCAGCUUGGUCCAGGACGACACAAAGAAGAAGAGGAUAGUGAUGGCUGCCAGAGACAACUGGGAAAACUACUUCACAAGGCUGUUCCCUGUCAAAGUGAGUUAGCUUUCUCUUUCUCUUUCUCUCUCUCUCUCUCUCUCUCUCUCUCUCUCUCUCUCUCUCUCUCUCACAGACACACACACACACACACUCAUAUUAUCUCUUCCCUGUGUGUGAGAGGCUGGCAGAGUGUGUAUAAACCUGUACCUGUGUGUGUUUUUGUGUGUGUGUGUGUGUUGUAGAGUGAUACCAGCGGGGACACCCAGGUAUUAGGUGUGUCUCAUCGUGGUAUUCGUCUGCUGAAGGUGGCCAGAGCAUCAGGCAUCAACCCCAAACACCUGCGCCUGCUACGCAGCUAUAGGUACGCCUAUCCUACAAUCACAAAAAAUGGAAAAGAUGUAUGAACUAUGAAUGAUUAGGGGAGAAUAUACACUGCUCAAAAAAAUAAAGGGAAUACUUAAACAACACAAUGUAACUCCAAGUCAAUCACACUUCUGUGAAAUCAAACUGUCCACUUAGGAAGCAACACUGAUUGACAAUACAUUUCACAUGCUGUUGUGCAAAUGGAAUAGACAACAGGUGGAAAUUAUAGGCAAUUACAAGACACCCCCAAUAAAGGACUGGUUUUGCAGGUGGUGACCACAGACCACUUCUCAGUUCCUAUGCUUCCUGGCUGAUGUUUUGGUCACUUUUGAAUGCUGGCGGUGCUUUCACUCUAGUGGUAGCAUGAGACGGAGUCUACAACCCACACAAGUGGCUCAGGUAGUGCAGCUCAUCCAGGAUGGCACAUCAAUGCGAGCUGUGGCAAGAAGGUUUGCUGUGUCUGUCAGCGUAGUGUCCAGAGCAUGGAGGCGCUACCAGGAGACAGGCCAGUACAUCAGAAGACGUGGAGGAGGCCGUAGGAGGGCAACAACCCAGCAGCAGGACCGCUACCUCCGCCUUUGUGCAAGGAGGAGCAGGAGGAGCACUGCCAGAGCCCUGCAAAAUGACCUCCAGCAGGCCACAAAUGUGCAUAUGUCUGCUCAAACGGUCAGAAACAGACUCCAUGAGGGUGGUAUGAGGGCCCGACGUCCACAGUUGGGGUUGUGCUUACAGCCCAACACCGUGCAGGACGUUUGGCAUUUGCCAGAGAACACCAAGAUUGGCAAAUUCGCCACUGGCGCCCUGUGCUCUUCAUAGAUUAAAGCAGGUUCACACUGAGCACAUGUGACAGACGUGACAGAGUCUGGAGACGCCGUGGAGAACGUUCUGCUGCCUGCAACAUCCUCCAGCAUGACCGGUUUGGCGGUGGGUCAGUAAUGGUGUGGGGUGGCAUUUCUUUGGGGGGCCGCACAGCCCUCCAUGUGCUCGCCAGAGGUAGCCUGACUGCCAUUAGGUACCGAGAUGAGAUCCUCAGACCCCUUGUGAGACCAUAUGCUGGUGCGGUUGGCCCUGGGUUCCUCCUAAUGCAAGACAAUGCUAGACCUCAUGUGGCUGGAGUGUGUCAGCAGUUCCUGCAAGAGGAAGGCAUUGAUGCUAUGGACUGGCCCGCCCGUUCCCCAGACCUGAAUCCAAUUGAGCACAUCUGGGACAUCAUGUCUCGCUCCAUCCACCAACGCCACGUUGCACCACAGACUGUCCAGGAGUUGGCGGAUGCUUUAGUCCAGGUCUGGGAGGAGAUCCCUCAGGAGACCAUCCGCCACCUCAUCAGGAGCAUGCCCAGGCGUUGGAGGCAGGUCAUACAGGCACGUGGAGGCCACACACACUACUGAGCCUCAUUUUGACUUGUUUUAAGGACAUUACAUCAAAGUUGGAUCAGCCUGUAGUGUGGUUAUCCACUUUAAUUUUGAGGGUGACUCCAAAUCCAGACCUCCAUGGGUUGAUACAUUUGAUUUCCAUUGAUAAUUUUUGUGUGAUUUUGUUGUCAGCACAUUCAACUAUGUAAAGAAAAAAGUAUUUAAUAAGAUUAUUUCAUUCAUUCAGAUCUAGGAUGUGUUAUUUUAGUGUUCCCUUAAUUUUUUUGAAGCAGUGUACAUCUAAUAUGUGAUGCCCGUGUAUGUUCUCCCUGUGUGUGUACGAUAAGUGCUGUGGUUUUCUCUGUGUAGCUAUGCAGAGCUGCUGUCGGUGGAGCUGCGGUCUGCAGACAUGGUAGAAUUCAGUCUGAAAGGAGAACAGCUGCAACUGCAGAGCAACAGAGCUGUUCAGAUUACUGCCAUGGUCAGGCUGUUCCACCAAGAACUCAUCGAGGUAACCACCACCCUCUUCCUCAUCUUAUAUCAUGAAAAUAGUUGUAUAUAUACACUACAUGACCAAAAGUAUGUGGACACCUGCUCGUCUAACAUCACAUUCCAAAAUCAUGGGCAUUAAUAUGGAGUUGGUUCCCCUUUUGCUGCUAUAACAGCCUCCAUCCUUCUGGGAAGGCUUUCCACUAGAUGUUGGAACAUUGCUGCGGGGACUUGCUUCCAUUCAGCCACAAGAGCAUUAGUGAGGUCGGGCACUGAUGUUGGGCGAUUAGGCCUGGCUCGCAGUCGGCAUUCCAAUUCAUCCCAAAGGUGUUCGACGGGGUUGAGGUCAGGGCUCUGUGCAGGCCAGUCAAGUUCCACACCUAUCUCGACAAACCAUUUCUGUAUGGACCUCGCUUUGUGCACAGGGACAUUGUCAUGCUGAAACAGGAAACAGGAAAGGGCCUUCCCCAAACUGUUGCCACAAUGGUGGAAGCACAGAAUCGUCUAGAAUAUCAUUGUAUACUGUAGCGUUAAGAUUUCCCUUCACUGGAACUAAGGGGCCUAGCCCUAACCAUGAAAAACAGCCCCAGACCAUUAUUCCUCCUCCACCAAACUUUACAGUUGGCACUAUGCAUUCAGGCAGAUAGUGUUCUCCUGGCAUCCGCCAAACCCAGACUCGUCCGUCGGACUGCCAGAUGGUGAAGCGUAAUUCAUCACUCCAGAGAGCGUGUUUCCACCGCUCCAGAAUCCAAUGGCGGCGAGCUUUACACCACUCCUACACUUGGCAUGGCACAUGGUGAUCUUCGGCUUGUGUGCGGCUGCUCGGCCAUGGAAACACAUUUCAUGAAGCUCUUGACGAACAGUUAUUGUGCUGAUGUUGCUUCCAGAGGCAGUUUGGAACUCGGUAGUGAGUGUUGCAACCGAAGACAGAUUAUUUUUACACGCUACGCGCUUCAGCACUCGGCGGUCCCGUUUGGUGAUCUUGUGUGGCCUACCACCUCGCGGCUGAGCCGUUGUUGCUCCUAGACGUUUCCACCUCACAAUAACAUCACUUACAGUUGACCGGGGCAGCUCUAGCAGGGCAGAAAUUUGUCAAACUGACCUGUUGGAAAGGUGAAAUCAUAUGACGGUGCCGCGUUGAAAGUCAAAAAGCUCUUCAGUUUACUGCCAAUGUGUGUCUAUGGAGAUUGCAUUGCUGUGUGCUCGAUUUUAUACACCUGUCAGCAACGGGUGUGGCUGAAAUAGCUGAAUCCACAAAUUUGAAGGGUUGUCCACAUACUUGUGUAUAUAUAGUGUAUGUUUCCUGGUACAUCAUACUAUAUGGUAUCUUUGUUGUGUAUAACCUCCUGCCAAACCUUCUCAGGGCUCGGAUCAUGUGAUCGCCCUGAAGAGCUUUGAGACGGACGACAAGAGCCUGCUCAACUUCCGCAAUGGUGACAUCAUCAAACUGCUGCCCAUAGAUGGCCUCAAACCAGGUGAGGUCAUCACAGUGACCUUUGACCUCUGUCUGUCUGUCUCUCUCUCUCUCUCUCUCUCUUUCUGACAGUCCUAUCCCUUCUCUCUCCCUCUCACUCACAGGUUGGUGUUUCGGUUCCAUUGGGGGGCGCUCUGGUCUCUUCCCCACGGACAUCACUCAGCCGUCUGCCCCUCCUGACUACCACAACGUCCACCUUGACCGCCUCGACGAGAGGAGGAAGUCCAUGAGAGGACUCCCAGCAGCCCCCAGACCCACCUCCCAUACUGGCUCAGUACAGCCCAGCCGAGAGGGUAGUGAGCUGGGUGACGUACAGACGUUCCUGAUGACAAAGUUUGCCAUGAAAUACUUCAGAGACGCUGCCACGAGGUAAUGGGGGAUAAUAGUGUUGUAUGAUGUACAGUAUGUAAUCCUAUGUUUUCGCGAGUGUUACAACUGUCUUCCUUAACUACACAAUCAUCUCUUCUUUUUUUCUCCCUAUGUCAUUCCUCUUUUAUCACCCCCCCCCCCCCCCUCCUUCCUCUUUCUCCUCCUCCUCUUGUCUCUCUAUCACAGAAUGGAGGCUAGAGGUCUUCUUGAUGGAGGUAGAAACUUCUCCGAGAUGGUUCAGUACACCGAGGUUCCCGUCCAGGAAUCCCUCAUCCUGUACUCUGAUCCUGAUCUCAAUAACAUGGCUGUCCAGACCUUCAUGAGUGAGUCGACACACACACACACACACCUGCACACACACUCUUUAUGUGUACAUUGCAUAUCAAUAUCACUGCUCUCUCUGAAGGUGUGAUGCAGUUCAUGGGAGACCAGCCUCUUGGGAAUCACAAGUCUGAGGAAGACUGUGUCAGCCAUGUCUUGCUGGUGAGACAUAUAUACACACACACACACACACACACACACACCAUCGCUACAGCUGCUUGAACAUGUAGUAAUAUCUGUCCAUUGUGUUUGUGUGUUCAGCUGGGGAAGGAGAAGGAGUUCCUGAGAGAUGAGAUCUACUGCCAGGUCAUCAAACAGACCACUAACAACACUCACAAGUGAGAGGCUGGCAGAGUGUGUAUAAACCUUUACCUGUGAAUAGUGUACAGAGGGUCAAUUCCUAACUCGUGUGUGUGUUUUGUGUGUGUUUUGUGUUUGUGUGUGUGUUAUACAGGCAGAGCUGUACCAGAGGUUGGCGUUUAUUGAACCUGGUAACAGGGUUCUUCCCCUGCUCUGGCGUUCUCAACCCCUACGUCACACACCACCUAAAAAACAUCAGCCAAGACCCCAAACACCCUUACCAAGGUACACACACAGCCCUGCACCCCUCACACACUGGCGAUGCCCCCAAAGAGAUCCCUUUAAAAGUCUGAAGCUGUGUCUGCUACCCCAGAGCUCUUCUGUAUCUAAUGCAGGUGUGUGUGUGUGUGUGUGUGUGUGUGUCUGUUUCCUCUCCAUCUCAGAGCUGUCUCAAUACUGCAACGAGAACCUGUUCCGGUCUCUGAUCCACGGAGGACGCAGACACGUCCCCUCUCACGUAGAGAUGGAAGCCAUACUGGUGAGACAUGAGUGUGGAUACAUUUUUGAUUUGAUUGCGUGACCAGCAGUACCGUCACCGCUUGGUGUGUGUUGUUCUCUGUAGGCUGGCAGAAGCUCUCGCCGGUUCCCCAUCAAGCUGCCAGGUGGAGUAGACUUCCCCUGUAAGAUACGCAGCUUCAGCGUAAGUCAAGUCUCCUUCUCUUUCCUGCUCUCCUUUCCACUGCCUCGCUUUAAUUAUCAUUAUGAUAAAGAUUAUAUAUAUUAUGUAUAUGUAGAAUAUUGACUCUGUGUACCCAGGUGGCUCUGGAGGUGGUUGAAGAGCUGUGUACCGAGAUGGGCAUCCAGGACCCUUCAGAAGUCAACGAGUUCUCCAUCCAUGCCAACCGGGACCAGGGUAGGAGGACAAAACGACGUGCUGUAGCUAAUAUAACCCAAAACUGCAAAUGACAAAAGAUUGUUAGACAUUCAUUUUGUGACAGCAAAACUAAGAGAAUCCUAGAGGUUUCCCUUACAGAAAAAAAAUGUUCUCAACGUUUUGCACAUUCUUUUGGAACAGUUUACAUGUGAAGAUAUUUCACAUGUGGAUUUUCACGUGAUCACAUAACCUUUCACAUGUUGAUUCAAAUUGUCACAUGAUGCCCUGCAAUCAAAAAUGAGUCUUUAGGAAGUCUGUAGAAUGUCACAAUAUAGACACAGUGUUUUCAACUUACAUAUUUGACACACUUUGACACACAUACAGUGGGGAGAACAAGUAUUUGAUACACUGCCGAUUUUGCAGGUUUUCUUACUUACAAAGCAUGUAGAGGUCUGUCAUUUUUUAUCAUAGGUACACUUCAACUGUGAGAGACGGAAUCUAAAACAAAAAUCCAGAAAAUCACAUUGUAUGAUAAGUAAUUAAGUAAUUAAUUUGCAUUUUAUUGCAUGACAUAAGUAUUUGAUCACCUACCAACCAGUAAGAAUUCCGGCUCUCACAGACCUGUUAGUUUUUCUUUAAGAAGCCCUCCUGUUCUCCACUCAUUACCUGUAUUAACUGCACCUGUUUGAACUCGUUACCUGUAUAAAAGACACCUGUCCACACACUCAAUCAAACAGACUCCAACCUCUCCACGAUGGCCAAGACCAGAGAGCUGUGUAAGGACAUCAGGGAUACAAUUGUAGACCUGCACAAGGCUGGGAUGGGCUACAGGACAAUAGGCAAGCAGCUUGGUGAGAAGGCAACAACUGUUGGCGCAAUUAUUAGAAAAUGGAAGAAGUUCAAGAUGACGGUCAAUCACCCUCGGUCUGGGGCUCCAUGCAAGAUCUCACCUUGUGUGGCAUCAAUGAUCAUGAGGAAGGUGAGGGAUCAGCCCAGAACUACACAGCAGGACCUGAUCAAUGAUCUGAAGAGAGCUGGGACCACAGUCUCAAAGAAAACCUUUAGUAACACACUACGCCGUCAUGGAUUAAAAUCCUGCAGCGCACGCAAGGUCCCCCUGCUCAAGCCAGCGCAUGUCCAGGCCCGUCUGAAGUUUGCCAAUGACCAUCUGGAUGAUCCAGAGGAGGAAUGGGAGAAUGUCAUGUGGUCUGAUGAGACAAAAAUAGAGCUUUUUGGUCUAAACUCCACUCGCCGUGUUUGGAGGAAGAAGAAGGAAGAGUACAACCCCAAGAACACCAUCCCAACCGUGAAGCAUGGAGGUGGAAACAUCAUUCUUUGCACCGUAUUGAGGGGAGGAUGGAUGGGGCCUUCCAGCAUGACAACGACCCGAAACACACAGCCAGGGCAACUAAGGAGUGGCUCCGUAAGAAGCAUCUCAAGGUCCUGGAGUGGCCUAGCCAGUCUCCAGACCUGAACCCAAUAGAACAUCUUUGGAGGGAGCUGAAAGUCCGUAUUGCCCAGCGACAGCACCGAAACCUGAAGGAUCUGGAGAAGGUCUGUAUGGAGGAGUGGGCCAAAAUCCCUGUUGCAGUGUGUGCAAACCUGGUCAAGACCUACAGGAAACGUAUGAUCUCUGUAAUUGCAAACAAAGGUUUCUGUACCAUAUAUUAAGUUCUGCUUUUCUGAUGUAUCAAAUACUUAUGUCAUGCAAUAAAAUGUAAAUUAAUUACUUAAAAAUCAUACAAUGUGAUUUUCUGGAUUUUUGUUUUAGAUUCCGUCUCUCACAGUUGAAGUGUACCUAUGAUAAAAAAUUACAGACCUCUACAUGCUUUGUAAGUAGGAAAACCUGCAAAAUCGGCAGUGUAUCAAAUACUUGUUCUCCCCACUGUAAUUACAUUGUGUGUUUAUUUAUACAGUAAUUAUUAUUCAACAUGUCCUCACCUGGGAUUUGAACUCACAACUUCUUGGUUCACGGCAGUCCGAUCUUCCUGUUACGCCACCAUGUCUCUGUCAAUAACUGAUUUCACCUGUAUUCCUACACUUUGGACUUCAAAGUAAAUCAGCUUUGUAUAAUACACUCAAGAAAAAUGAUUAUAUUUAUCAUAGUGAUUCAGUCGUAACAUUAAAACAGAAUAAAUAUCCCACCAACAUUAGUCAGAUUAACAGCAGUGCAGAUGGCACUCUUUUGCUAAGUACAGAGAUGUAUUAUAGGUAAUGAAUGUGUAGGUGACUUCUGAGAUUAUUACAGACUUGGUGGCACAGCAGAAAGAUCAGCAUACCCCAAAGGUUGUGAGUUCAAGUCCCAGGCACACCCCGAAGCAUGUGAUCACGUGAUAUACAUGUGGUUUUUCCGUCUCUCUCCUUCUCUUCUUUCAGAGGGGAUGGUGCGCCCAAUCCACCCUGAUGAGUACCUGUUUGACUUCCUAUUGGAUGACGGCUCCAUCUUCCUGUCCUUCCACCGUAUCAUGUGGACACACCCCCUUCACUUCGACAAUGACCUCUACCUGGAGUUCCACUUCCAACAGGUACCAUAGUAACGACCCCUAGUUGUGUUAUUACCAUAGAAACCACCUCCAGUUAUGUCAGGCCCUGGUGAAAACCCUUCUGUCCCUGUAGACUAAUUAACUCCUUCUGUCCCUGUAGUUGAAUGAACUCCAUCUGUCCCUGUCUGUUGCCUGCAGGUCCUGGGUGAUUACCUGGAUGGCAAACUGCUGCUGCCAAGCAGUGGUGCCAAUGUUGUCCAGCAGAUGGCAGAGCUGGCGGUCCUGCAGCAUUUGGCACAGGGCCGUAUUCAAGAGCCCUCUAUGUGAGUACUACCCCUGACCCCUAGCCUUUAGCCCCUACACCCAGCAGCCCUCACUGUGAGCCAUACUGUUGUUUUCAGACCGGACAUAAGUGAUUGGUCUCUCUGUCCGAUGUUAAGAGUUACAGAUAGUUCUCUCUCUUCUGUCCCUGUCAGGCCUGAACUGAAGGAGUACCUCCCCCGACAGGAAGGGGGCAGCACCAACCUGGAGCAGAUCCACUCUAUCUCUCUCAGAGAGAUAACCACCAUGCUGUCCCUCAGCCCCCACGACGCCAAAGCACGCUUCCUCGGUGAGGCACUCACACACACACACGCACACGCACACGCACACGCACACACACACACACACACAUUUGCCUUGGUUGUGUUAAGCACUUUGCGAUAAAAUGUAUUUGUAAAUAUAUUUAGAUUUACUGCAUUGAUUGAUUUGCUGCCUCUAUCCCCAGAGUGCCUGAGCUCCCUGCCUCUGUUCGGCUCUAACAUCUUCCUGGCCCAGAAGGUCAGCCAUCGCAGCUGCCCCUCGCCCUGCCUGGUGGCUGUCAACCAAGAGGGAGUGUUGUUCUGCCAUCCCAAUACACAGGUACCACAUUUACACCCCAAAAACACUGUUGUGUAGGGAGGGACACCCCAAACACACUGUUGUGUAGGGAGGGACACCCCAAAAACUCUGUUGUGUAGGGAGGGACACCCCAAAAACACUGUUGUGUAGGGAGGGACACCCCAAAAACACUGUUGUGUAGGGAGGGACACCCCAAAACACUUGUGUAGGGAGGGACACCCCAAAAACAGUUGUGUAGGGAGGGACACCCCAAACACACUGUUGUGUAGGGAGGGACACCCCAAAAACACUGUUGUGUAGGGAGGGACACCCCAAAAACACUGUUGUGUAGGGAGGGACACCCCAAACACAAUGUUGUGUAGGGAGGGACACCCCAAACACACUGUUGUGUAGGGAGGGACACCCCAAAAACACUGUUGUGUAGGGAGGGACACCCCAAACACACUGUUGUGUAGGGAGGGACACCCCAAACACACGGUUGUGUAGGGAGGGACACCCCAAAUACACUGUUGUGUAGGGAGGGACACCCCAAACACACUGGUGUGUAGGGAGGGACACCCCAAACACACUGUUGUGUAGGGAGGGACACCCCAAAAACACUGUUGUGUAGGGAGGGACACCCCAAACACACUGUUGUGUAGGGAGGGACACCCCAAAAACACUGUUGUGUAGGGAGGGACACCCCAAACACAAUGUUGUGUAGGGAGGGACACCCCAAACACACUGUUGUGUAGGGAGGGACACCCCAAAAACACUGUUGUGUAGGUAGGGACACCCCAAACACACUGUUGUGUAGGGAGGCACACCCCAAACACACUGUUGUGUAGGGAGGGACACCCCAAACACACUGUUGUGUAGGGAGGGACAUCCCAAACACACUGGUGUGUAGGGAGGGACACCCCAAACACACUGUUGUGUAGGGAGGGACACCCCAAAAACACUGUUGUGUAGGGAGGGACACCCCAAACACACUGUUGUGUAGGGAGGGACACCCCAAACACACUGUUGUGUAGGGAGGGACACCCCAAAAACACUGUUGUGUAGGGAGGGACACCCCAAAACACUUGUGUAGGGAGGGACACCCCAAAAACACUGUUGUGUAGGGAGGGACACCCCAAAAACACUGUUGUGUAGGGAGGGUCACCCCAAAAACACUGUUGUGUAGGGAGGGACACCCCAAAAACACUGUUGUGUAGGUAGGGACACCCCAAAAACACUGUUGUGUAGGGAGGGUCACCCCAAAAACACUGUUGUGUAGGGAGGGACACCCCAAACACAAUGUUGUGUAGGGAGGGACACCCCAAACACACUGUUGUGUAGGGAGGGACACCCCAAAAACACUGUUGUGUAGGGAGGGACACCCCAAAACACUUGUGUAGGGAGGGACACCCCAAAAACACUGUUGUGUAGGGAGGGACACCCCAAAAACACUGUUGUGUAGGGAGGGUCACCCCAAAAACACUGUUGUGUAGGGAGGGACACCCCAAACACACUGUUGUGUAGGGAGGGACACCCCAAAAACACUGUUGUGUAGGGAGGGACACCCCAAACACACUGUUGUAUAGGGAGGGACACCCCAAAAACACUGUUAUGUAGGGAGGGACACCCCAAAAACACUGUUGUGUAGGGAGGGACACCCCAAAAACACUGUUUUGUAGGGAGGGACACCCCAAACACACUGUUGUGUAGGGAGGGACACCCCAAACACACUGUUUUGUAGGGAGGGACACCCCAAACACACUGUUUUGUAGGGAGGGACACCCCAACCAUGCAUAAUAUAGGUACAGUGUUUCCCGAAUUAUGAGUGAACUGAUCGAUCAUGACAGAUUUUAUAGAACUAUGGCUUUGAAAGAUGUCUGCUAUUAUUCAUGUUUUAUUCAUUUGUAGUUCACAUCUACUAAUGCUUUACAAUAAUGUUCCUGUGUUAUUCAGGAGCGGGCAUUUGUGAUCCCGUUGGUGGAAGUGCAGUCACUGUGCUUGGUCAAACCCAAGAAACACAAGAAGGUGCCAGGAGUGGAGAUCAACUAUGGCAACCCAGGACGCCCAAAAACCAUCACCAUCCACCUCAAACAGGUGAAGUACAACGUAGUACACAGUAGACUAUGGCGGUGCGGUGGUCACUAACCCCAGAUACAGGGAGGGCAGGCUUUAGCUGGCGCUUUCCAGGACCAAAGGUUGGUGACCAUUGGUAUAUGGGUUAGUUCUGUAAACUGUGAGGUUACACAGUGGAAGGGAUAUGGGAACUAAGGGCACAUUAGAGACGCAACCUGAAUGCUACCUUCACAAUAGUGUGUGUGUGUGUUCUCUGCCCUACAGGCCAAGGAGCUGUGCCACAUCACUGCUGUCAUUAUGGAGGAGCUGGUGCAACCACCCAUCAAUAGCAACUAG